AAUAUUAUCGUGUUAUACAUAGCAACAAAACGCAACGAAUUCCAAGAAUGCGCAUGGUUUUGAUGUUUUAUCUGUCAAAAGAUCCGUGGCAAAAUUGGACAAAGGUUUGGAAUCGCAAUUCGCUUUGUUUACGUAAAAUGUCCGCUAAUUCACCGCCAGGAAAGAGCGAUGGGGAAGAACCAGUCGAUAGUGUCGGGCCGACUGUCCCGCCAAAUCCUAUCGAUAGUCUAGGGUCGAGAAUUAGAGACCUGGACGUGGACUCCAUAAGGCGUUACUUGGCCCAAAAACUUGGACUAUACGAGGUUGCUGAACCAACUUCUCAGUUGGAAAAAGUCCUAGACGAGGUUAACUUGGACGGCAUAGUAAAUUGGAUAAAAAGUGAUAAAUGCAAGAAUGUUAUUACUUUGUCUGGAGCAGGUAUAUCAACAGCGGCUGGUAUCCCAGAUUUCCGCAGCCCCGAAACAGGCCUAUAUCACAAUCUCCAGAAGUACAACCUACCAGAGCCACAGGCCAUUUUUGAAAUAAACUUUUUCAGGCAAAAUCCAAAACCUUUCUUUGCUCUGGCAAAAGAGAUGUAUCCAGGAAACUUUAAACCCACAAAAUCACAUUAUUUCAUAAGACUUCUGCAUGAAAAAGGAUUAUUGCUCCGUCACUACACCCAAAAUAUCGAUACACUGGAGCGAAGAGCAGAUAUUCCUGAUGACAAGUUAGUUGAAGCUCAUGGCACAUUCUACACAUCACAUUGCCUGGAUUGUCGCAAAGAAUAUACCUUAGAUUACGUAAAAGAUCGAAUUUUUGCGGAUGAGAUCCCAAUAUGCACAGAAUGCCCAGGAGUUGUAAAACCAGACAUAGUUUUCUUCGGUGAGAGUCUGCCGGAGAGGUUCCAAAGGUGCCUUCAUGAAGACUUCGGUCAGUGUGAUAUGCUCAUUAUCAUGGGCUCGUCUCUCGAAGUCCAGCCAUUUGCAUCGCUUAUUGAUAUGGUGCCCGAGUGGUGUCCCCGCCUGUUGAUCAACCGUGAGAAAGCAGGGGUCCGUUCUCCGAUCCUACGGCUGUGGGGCAUGAGUGGGGGCUUACAGUUUGACGAGGACGCUACGAGGGAUGUGGCGCUGCUCGGCGACUGCGAUGAUGGAUGCCAGGACCUUGCUGACAGACUGGGAUGGGGGGACGAACUGCGCGCGUUGGUAGCUCGUGAACACGAACGCUUGGACUUAGAGGCAGCGGCCAACCCGAUAGCGCCAUCCCUCGUGCCCGGAAUUAGCAGUGUGUUGCCAGCAGAACCCAAGCUUUAAUACCGGCGCCGAGAGCUCACUUUACUUUGCACAGGUUCCUGACACUGUGAGGCAAUGAGUGCCUCGUCUCGGUUUAAGGCGCAGUGUGCCUCGUUGCCUUAAUGAGCCAUUUUUUGCCUUUAAUGAGAUAUUUUUGGACUCAUUGCCUCAAAGCACUCAUUAAAGCAUUGUGCCCCAUAGUCUCAAAAUGAUAUUGUGCAGUUGAUUAUUGUCAAGGUUUAAACACCCCGCAGACUGCAGACUAAGUCGGCCGAUAGUUGGGAAGGCUUCUAAUUUGUAUGAGGUAUCGGCCGAUAUCAAAUCGGUGGUGUGUGCACUUCCAUACAUGUUCAUAAAAAAUAUUUUCAGUCUGCGGGCUGUCUUACCUCAUCAAACCGAGAAAAGUUGUGAAAGAGUAAAAUCCUUAAACCUUUUCCAUGUUAAAAUACAUAGUGAUUAUUUUUGCUAUACAUCUAAAUCGUAACGGGUCUAAAUGGCUUCCAAAAUAUAAUAAUAUUCUAUACUCAGUAGGUUUAAACAAUAUGAAAAAUUUUAAUAUCCGAAAUCUUUGAUCAUUGAGGCUUUUUGUGCCUCAGCCAUUUGUGGCCUCAUUUAAUUGUUUGGUUUAUUUCGAGGUUGGGAACCUGCUCCAAUAUCAGUUCACGGUUCUAUGCGAUUUACAGUAAUAUCGUGUCUACGUAUGUGUUUUCGUAUACGAUGAUUCCACAAAAGAAUCAAUUUUUUACUGUUGUUUAGAGUUGUCACGCAGAAUAGACUUGAUUAUAAGAAGCUUGCCUUGUAAAAAAGUGAUUUCUUUGUCUGUAUUGGUUGGAGUUAUAGAUUUUACACAUGACCUAAAGACAGAUCUGUCGCAUUACAAAAUGAUUAUAAUUUCAUCAUGUAAUAUCAAAAUAAUUACGAAUUCUAAUAAUAAUUUAUACAACUAAUUUGAUUGAAAUACUGUUAUUUUUUUACAAGAACGAUUAUACAAUAUUUGACAGCAAUAUAAUGGAUUGAUUAACGUAAUGAAUUUCUGCAGUUUAAGGCCUUAAUAUACUAUAGUUUGUUUACAAAUUUAAUGGGUGCUUCUUUUUCAAUUUGAUGCUCUAUGUAAAAAAAUUAAGCAUCCAUUGACAUUGAUUUGUAAUGUGCUUGUGUGGACUAUUUGUUAUUAUGUACCUUAAUAAUCGUGCUUUGUUGCUGGCAUGCUAAAUAAUAUCGUUAAUACGGCCUGGAAACAAAUAAUAAAGAUUAUUGAUGAAAUCCACUAGCGCCGUCGUAUUUGCGCUCAACUUUUGUGGUCACUCGAUAGCGCCACUGGUGAGUGACAGGACCUUGCUCGGCAGUAGCGCCACCUACUGAUCGCAGAAACGCUAGCCCUUAUUUAAGAAAAUUAAUGUAAAAAAGGAGCCUUGAACAUUUAUUUCUAUUGAAACUUUUGGUCAUUACUUUUUUUUAUAAUAUUCCACAAUACAUGGUUGUUACCUUAUCAUACAAUACAUACAUAUUGAUAGAAAGAUCUAUGAUGAAGUAAGUUUUACAACCUGUACGAGCUAAAUGCGCACCUCGCUGAAUGCGAUGCUGUGCGUUGAUGUGACGUCACGGCGUCAGGUGCGCAGUUAACUCGACUGCGUGGUAUACUAAUUUCAUAAACAAAAGCCUUACGUGCGUAACCACAAAAUCGUACUGCAAUGAUAUGGUCAUUAUUAAGCUUUAUUAGAUACUUUGUAUGGGCUAUGGGAAAUCAUCCUUUUUGGUCCCGUUGUAAAAAAAUUGUUCAUUUAUAAGCAAUAUAGGUAAAAAAAUCGUUAGGAACUGUAUUAUGAAUGUAUUCCCCAAAAUGUUUUGAUAUAAUAAUAAAAUAUAGCAAUAAUACAGUAGGAAAUAUUUAUUUAUUUAUUAUGUACUUUACUUGGGAAUGUGAUUUUAUUUGGUUUAGAAUUGAAAACUACUUAAAAUAUAUGUAGUGAAUAGUGAUAAAUUUAGAAUUAUUAUAUUCGCUGUAAAGAUAUAAUUUAAAGGUUCUAGACGCAAUGUUACAUGAAUGAUGAGAGUCGAUUUCGCGAUCGCUUCACUGAGUACAAACACCAACAAUAUGGUCUUAAUUCUGAAGCGUAAUAAGGUCCAAAUUAGAUUGACUCUUACCAACGGGGCUCUUUAAAAAAUGACCCUUAAUAACCCUUGUUUACAUUAUGUCUACGGAUGGGGAAGUAGUAUCUUUACAAUGGAUUAAAUGUUUCGUUAUUAAUAAGUUGUUUAGAUUACAUUAGAACUGAAAUAAUUUGCUUCGUCGGACAAAUUUAUAGACAGCUAAGAUAUUAUAAACUUCUGCUUCUUAACCACCCGUCUGCUUGCAAGCAUUUUGAUA